CUAAAGAAAGAGAGAGGGAGAGAGAUAAAGAAAGAAGAAGAAGGUUCUCACAGGGUGCCACCAACAGCCAACUGGGUACACGGAAAUCAAUUAAAAAAGAAACCUUUUUUCUUUUAUUUUUUUUACAGAUCAACAGAAAGCAACUCUCUUUCUCUUCCUUCCAUUGUUCUCUCUCUCUCUCUAAAGCCCCUUCCCUCUCAUGAAGUUGCCACGUCAUUUCCCCCACUUUAUCCAACCACCGUCUGCCGUCUCUCCUUCCUCCUCUUCCUCCUCCUUCUCCACUUUACUCCAAUCCCUUCUCAUUAUCUCAAUUUCUUUUUCAUCUUCCUUCUUCAACUUUUCUUCCUCUCUUUCACACAUGUCAUCCAUCUUAACACUCCUCUUUCGUCUUCUUUGAGUUUCCUCGAACCCCCCCAAUUUCAAUUCCUCUCUUUCAUUCUUUGAUUGCUCCUCUUUGAUUCUUUCUGGGGUUUUGCUGAUUUGAUUUCCCUUCCCUUCUAUCAUGCCUCUUGGUUGGGUAAAAAAAUUGAGUAGAAACAAGGACCAUCACAAUCAACCCACUUCUUCUCUUAACCUCUUCAAGUCUUCUUCCCCCAAAACUCAACCUAAGAACCCCACCCACAAACCCAAGAGCUUCGAUGAGGUUUCUGCUGUGAUUUUCUCUCGCAAUUCCCCCAGGUGUAGCAGGGAUCUGGGCUCUUCUGGUGGCGCCUCUUCUGGAUUUUCUGGUUUUGACUCCGAUAGUGGAGAUAAGAGUCUUCCUCUUCCUCGACCGGCUACUUCCGGCCUUGGGAUUGAUCAUGGAGCUGGGAAUGGAUCUGGGUCGAGUUCGGUUUCCAGUGUUAGCUCUUCCGGGUCUUCGGAUGAUCAUCCAUCUGCCCAAGAACAGCUUCAAUUUGGAGCUUACAGAGGUUUUGCCGAUAACAGAAUAGAGACAAGGCCAAGAAGUCCAGGUCCAGGAUCAAAAGGACCACCCACCAGUCCUACAUCACCUCUCAACCCACGGUUCUGUGGCAUGAGUCUGGAGUCUCCUACAAGCAAGCUAGAUGACGGGAAGAGUCGAUGCCAUAAGCUACCACUUCCUCCAAGUGCUCCCACCAGCCCUUCUUCCUUGACCAGCACGCGAGCUAUCAAUAUCGGUGAUAACAACACAGCUACACACUCAAAGUGGAAGAAGGGAAGGCUUCUAGGAAGGGGAACAUUUGGGCAUGUUUACCUUGGAUUUAACAGUGUAAGUGGCCAAAUGUGUGCAAUCAAAGAGGUCAGGGUUAUAAGUGAUGACCCAACAUCAAAGGAAUGUCUCAAGCAAUUGAACCAGGAGAUUACUGUGCUCAGUCAGCUGUCGCAUCCGAACAUUGUCCGGUACUAUGGUAGUGAAAUGGGCGAUGAGUCACUCUCAGUCUAUUUAGAAUACAUUUCUGGUGGCUCAAUUCACAAAUUACUUCAAGAAUAUGGCGCCUUCAAAGAACCUGUUAUAAGAAAUUAUACCAGAAAAAUUCUUUCCGGGCUUGCUUAUUUGCAUGGGAGAAAUACAGUGCACAGGGACAUAAAAGGGGCAAAUAUCUUAGUAGAUCCAAAAGGCGAGGUCAAGUUGGUAGACUUUGGCAUGGCAAAACAUAUAACGAAUUGUACUUCGAUGCUUUCCUUCAAAGGUAGUCCUUAUUGGAUGGCCCCUGAGGUUGUGAUGAAUACAAAUGGCUACAGUCUUGCUGUAGACAUUUGGAGUUUGGGGUGUACGGUUCUUGAAAUGGCAACAUCUAAACCGCCUUGGAGCAAAUAUGAAGGGGUGGCUGCCAUUUUCAAAAUUGGGAAUAGUAAAGACGUUCCUGAAAUUCCAGACCAUCUCUCCAAUGAUGCUAAAAGUUUUGUGCAGUUAUGCUUGCAACGGGAUCCGUCUGCACGUCCUUCUGCUGCAGAACUACUGGAUCACCCUUUUGUUCAAGAUGCAGUAACACCAAGGGCUUCUGAUGUUAACUUCUCCUUGGAUGCGUUCCCCUUUAGCUUUGAUGGAAUCCAGAAUCCGCCAUUGUUAGAUCGGCAUCCAAACAGAAAAAGUAUAAGCAUAUGCGAUGGAGAUUAUGUGACAAACCCAACAUUCUCUUCCAGAGCUCCGAGUCCUAGGGGAAAUGGAAGAUUGAUCACAUCCUUGCCUGUCUCUCCAUGUUCUAGCCCAUUACGGUCGUAUGGCCCUGCACACCAGAGCUGUUAUAUUUCACCACCUCACACGUCUUACAUGGGGGUGGGUCAAAGCGGAUACAAUGUGAAUGAAUACGCAUAUAACACGAGACCAAACACAUUGUUCACCCUUGAUCCUUUGCGAGAGUCAUCGCUAUUGAAAGUGCAGACUCAUGUUGGAUCACCAAGAAGACCUCUUUGACUAAACUUUUCAAGAAAAAAGAAGAAAAAUAUCUUCCUCACAUCCCCAGGUGUAAUUUUAUCCAGUGUAUCAGAAAUAUGUAAGCGUUGGGGCUUUCUAAUGGAAAUUCUGGAAGUUUAUUGUGAAGAGAGAUUGAGUUAUUCAUGUAUCAGAAUUUGAAAAAAAAGAGUACUUGAUUGAUGAUGGUGGGAUAAAAUUUUCUAACUAGGGAUGUGAUGUAAUUGCUUAGAGAUAUCUUGUACCUUGUAACAAUAUUUUUUUGGUCCUUGUAAAGGGAAGGUGGUCUGUAUAUGUAAUAAUCAGUUUUAGUUUA